AUGGGGAAAUACGCUAACUGGCGAAAUUUUCGCGUUUUCGUCUAUGUUUACAGCUCAGUGUAUGCAGUUGGGAAACAUGUUGGAGAGCUUGUCUACUGUUCUGGGCCUUCCAUGCAUCCAACGGUUCAGGACGGCGACCUAGUUAUUGCUGAAAAGCUUAGCGUGAAGCUGGGCACUUUGCGGCGAGGGGAUAUUGUUGGUUCGUUGUCUCCGAUAGAGCCAAGGCAACUUUUGUGUAAAAGACUCACAAAAAAACAGUUUGAUAGAGUCUAUAACUGUGCGAUCCCAUUUCGACGUGUUCCAAAAGGUCAUGUUUACUUAGAAGGAGACAAUGCUCUUUUGUCAACUGAUUCAAGAAAUUUUGGUCCAAUUCCCCAGGGGCUAAUUCAAAUAAGAUUAGUAUUUAGAGUUUGGCCCCUGUCUAGAGCUGGCUGGAUUUCUGAUCACUGGUUUUGGGAAGGUGAGAAAUAA